CAUGUUGAUAAUUUCGUUAAUUUUCAAAAUAAAAUCCCGAAAAAAGUUGAUAAUUAUCCGGAAAAAUACUCCGGAAAUGUGAUUUUUCUAUUUUUUAAGUCAUGAAACAAACCCGAUCCGUAGAAUGACGAGUUAAGUAGUGUUUUUGUGAUAAACGUGACUUAGCGGGGAAAAUUGGCGGGAGCCACGAACGCCUUGUCGUGGUAAUGGCCGAUAUGUAUUCAGCUCAUUUCAAUGAACCCUGAAAAUAAUUAGUUUUCCGGGCCUCAGUAUUGACAGUCUAUAAAAAAUGACUCCAGUUCAUCGAAUUUCUAAUAAUCAAAAUUCAGAUAAAUCUUGCAUAGAUGAAAAGAUAACUCCUGAUAGCACUACUACGGUCAAGCAAGAGAGAAAGCAGAUUUGUCAUUUUAGCAAGGGAGAAGAUGUUUUAGCUAAGCAAAAGGAUGGAAAGUAUUAUUUUGGCACAACAGUAGAAGUAGAUCCAGUAAGAGAACAGUGUUUGGUAAAGUAUGAUGAUAACACACAAAACUGGUCAAGUUUUAAAGAUUUAACCAAACUUACAACUGGUUUAGAACAGGAAGAUUUGUUAUGUGUAAUUUGCAAAAAGUCAUCUCCAAAAACUGAGAAAGUUAUUAGCUUGUGUGAUAGGUGUGGUAGAGGUUAUCAUAGGAAAUGUCACCAGCCUGAAAUACCUACACAAAACGAAGAUUCAAACUGGGUAUGCAAGAGGUGCAUAGAAAGUGAUCCAAAUAGGCGAAAAAGUGACUCAAAACCUCCCUUUAGACGAGACUCAAGAAAUUCUACAGGAUCCAGCACUCAGGAAACAAUGCCUUCUUCUACCACACUGAAAGUUUUAUCUUAUGAUUUAAACUCAUUAAACUGGGAUACAUAUCACAGAGUGAAUGAAGAGCAAAUAUAUUGUUAUUGUGGGAGUAAUGGUGAAUGGUACAAACAAAUGUUGCAGUGCGGGCGCUGCAAGCAAUGGUUUCACGAAAAAUGCAUUGAUUGUCUUCAAUUUCCUUUAUAUUGUGGUGAUAGGUUUUAUGUUUUUGCAUGUGCAAUUUGCAACCAUGGCAAAGAGUUUGUCAGAAGACUGGAAAUGAAGUGGGUGGACUUAGUACAUUUAAUGCUUUAUAAUUUAACAGUACACCACUGCAAAAAAUAUUAUGAUUUAGAUACAGUUGUGAUACCUUAUAUUGCUGAUAACUGGCAUGCUUUACAAUUAGGUCCAAAGAUGGCAAAUGUAACAAAAUCGGAACGCCGCGAGAAUAUUUUAUCAGUUCUCACAAACAAUAGAAAUAGAUUUAAAUGUGGGAGAGAAAUAAAGAAGAGAACCACCAUAUGGGGAUUGAGGGUAAGACUGCCCCCUCCAGCACCUUGUGUUGUACUGCCUCAAGCCCAUAGAAAAAUUACUGAAGGAGAAUUGCAAGAACUUUGGCAAGGAAAUAAAAGACUGCAGAUUUUGUCACCACCCUCUUGCUUCAAUAAUAGAAAAAUUGUGGCAUGUGAUAGUGCAAUGAGGAAUCUGAUGAUGGGCGUUGCGUACCAGCAGUCGUCAAAUCACAGCGAGACUGAAUCACCAUGUCCCAGCCCAGAAAUUGAAAAAGAGGAACGGGUGAUACAUCCGCCUCCCUCAACCAAAACGAAAGAGGCGCACAAUAAAGACCAAUACUUGGGAGCGGGUUGCGCCAAAAAAACGGCUCCUUUCAAAAAAAUGAGCCUACAGAGACGCAAAAAAUUGUUAGCCAUGACCAAUAGGGAUCGGGAAAGGUUAUUAAAACGGCCCCGAAGGCUGGUUACGAUAAAACAGGAAGCAGAAAACACACAAAAGCUAAUGACAGGAGAUAAUCGUGCUAAAUCUGUGGGAAAUGUCGACGGAAAAGAGGGAAAACUGAGCGCCGUAGAAAUGCCGCCAACGCCUCCUACGAGCGUUUCCGCACCACCUACUCCACCCGCAUCGACAGGAGGUGGUUCGAUGCAGUCAGAUUGUAGCAACGAUUUCUCUGAAAGUUCGAACCAGGCAAAAGCUGUUUCGAUUAAGAAACAGAACUUAAUAGAUUCGGAACUUACACCAUGUGAUACCUCGAGUGAUGAGACUUCGUCGAAAAGUACUUUGGAUCUCAUAAUUCCGCCGCCAAAAGAUUUUGAGGGAAAAAAUAAUCCCUUCUUGGGUCUUUUGAAGAUGGGAGGUGAGGAUUCGAACAAGAAGGCGAAAAGGAAGGAAAUUACACUGCCGCUACCACUUAAGACUGUGAUACCAGGCCAACCCAAAAUGAAACCGAUGAAACGCCAGCUUAGCGAAAAGGAUAUAGUGAUUGGACCAAACGGGGAAAUCAAACGGAAGAAACGAAUCAGGAGAAACAGAAGUAGCGUAGCGAAUUACGGAAUAGGUCAGACUGCCAGCAAAACUGCCGCUAUCGUACCGGCGAAGCCACCAGAUAGUAAUUCUCAAUUAGCUAAUCACGUGGAUUACACAUUAAACACGCAUGCACGUCGACUUAGACAACGUCCCGAAAAACCGCCUGAAAAAGAACCGCCCGCGCCACCAUCUAAGCAACCGACGCCAAAACCUAGUCCGGUCAAAACCGAACCGGAUAUAGAUAUGGAUGAUUUAAAAACUUCCGUAAACAUUUACUUCGGUGCGGUCAAUAGGAUUGCGGCAGGAGAACGGUUUACGGUUAGGGCGAAAAGGGUGGGACCUACAGGAAAACUGGAAUGUCUCAUAGAGUGGGAGGGGGCGGGCGGGAGCCAAGGAAUGACUUGAUUUUCCAGGGGGACCGUAGUCGAUCGGUUGUUUUUUGCUGUUUUGGUCGUGGGGUGACUUUAGAUGUGUGAGUUUUGAGAGAAACGUUUACAUUCGGUUUUUAUACACUACAUUUAUUAAUUUACUUCACAAUAAUCUUGGUAGUUUUUAUUAUAUUGUUUUUUUUUAUUAUGAAUAUGCCUGAUUCUAAACUCUAACUUACUUCUAACUUUCUAAAAGCAUUGAAAGUAGUCUUCCAUUUUUUCUUUAAGAGACUCACUUUUUAAGUCUUGAACUUAUAUUAUGAUUAAUGAUUAAGUGGUAACACAUGUUUCAGGCCUAAAGGCAUGAUCAGGCCUAAUCAACAGUUUCUAAAAUUUACAUUCUUAAAGACAGCAAACUUAACCCAUAAAGGACGAGAUUUCUUUUAUGGUCUUUUAUACUACCUAAUUUUGGAAAAAAAAGAAAACAUAAAACUAAGUACAUUAAAUUGUGUUCUAAAAGUAAGUAAAACAUAACUUAUUUAGUAUGAAAUGCGAUAUUACAUUUAAUACAUAAGCCCACUUUGCACAUUGUCAUCAUAAUUUAAUUACAAUUUACGUCAGCACAUCUUAUUUUUUUAUUAUUUAUUGUUAUAGUUAACAAAUGUCCUAUAGUAUCAUAUCUAACAUCGUUACUUAUUCUACUGUCUGAACUAUAUGAUAAUCUUGAUGAAGGACGUUCGCCAAUCUUUGAGGGAUUACGGUAUUUCGCGAAGACAACCUGUACAAUAUCUCGCCAAAACUGGGUAAUUGGGUGCAAGAGUGGCCAGAUCUUUUAAAUAGCAAACAAACAUUCUGAAUAGAUACAUUAAUCAACCAGGAAGAUAUGCACCACCACCAUUUGUUUCCCCUUAUAUUAAUUCUAUGCCUGAUAACGUUUUCGUUCAUUAGGUCAGUUUCCCCCAUUACAGCAUAUAUAUUUACCAAUAGCAGAAAGUCGAGAAACGUAUAUGGCUUUCUUUUCUUUUUGAGAAAAACGUUUAACACUACUAAGUGGGGCAACACCAUGAUUGGUCGAAGCAACUGUUACAAUAUUAUCUGCCUAACGUACUAGUGAAAUCCCCGUAUUGCAUUCUAUUGUAGAAUCGUAAGACCCUCGAGGUUUUUUCUGCUUAACCUUUUUUAUUUUGUACAGAUCAACUUGUUUGGGAUUCUGUUAACCCUAAUGGUGCCACAAGCCUCGGAUCAUCUUUUAAAUAUUUUAGUAACAAAAAAUUGUUUAAUAAAUUGUCAAAAAAAAGGACCAAUCUCUGGAUUUUUUACUCUUUUGAUUCUUUGUGGUAAUGUGGUCCAAUUAUCUGAAUAAUGACUCUUGAAUAAAAUGUCUUUUUUAGUAUUUUAGACAUCUAAUAUCCUUUAACAUGUAAAUCUUUUUUGGCCAGGUGUAAUACUACUAUAAUAUUCCAAGUUCGAGAAGUUCUGAAAUCCAAAAAUUUUUCUUGAAAAGGUUGCUUACAUCUAGCUAUUUGACACAUUUUAACACAAUCACAUGGAAGCUUAAUGUCUUCAUUUUUUAACUUUCGUUCUAUCAAACUAUGGACACUAUCUACUUCCAUGUGAGUAUGUCCCUUUUCAAGAAACUUCUGAAUUACGAUUACCUCUGUUGCAUGGACAAAUCGGUACAAAAUAUUACUUAAAAUAUUAUUGCGGUUUUUAUAACUAUAACCGUCGCUAUGGAGUACAAUAGUUUCGGUUUGCGGAAAAAGAAGUCUGGUGAUAAUGGUCGCAAAAAUAUUAGCUUGCAGUCCAGCUUUAGCGUCGUGCCACAAGUAACAAGAAACCUCCUUUGUCACCUAGAUUGAAUGUGGUAAAAUUAUGUAUACAUAGUUUGGUUUUGUAGAUGGCGGAUGCCCGUGGUACAGGGGCAACCAUCACAGAACUGAACGUUCAUGGUGAAGACAGCAACCUCUGUAGUUUCUAUUGAAAUUUUCUUGUCCUUUUCUUUCUCCCAUCUGGCUUCAUCUUGUCUUUUUAUGUGUUUUUUAAAUUCUUGCAUAACGUUUUUGAUCUUAUAAUCAAUGCAGACGUCGCAUUGGUCCUUCUUUGGUUUAUGUAUAUAAAUAUUUUUCAGUGUCCUUUGUUUUUUAAAAUGCACUAAGCUAAGUUCUUUGGCACUACUACUAAGAGUACAAUAAUCUUUAUAUAAACGGUACACGGCAGUACAGUCUUUUUGAUGAUGCUCUGCAGUAGUGGGAUUCUAGUUUGGGAAGAUUGGCCAAAAAGGCAUCUAACCUCUCCAAACCUUUUUUUAAUUCUGCUAAUCGUGCAAUUUCUGGUAAUCGUGCUUUCCUAGGCAUCUACAUAAAUUUACUAUUGGAGGCUUCAUUAAGCCAGUUUCAUACGAUCCAUUGUUUCAAAUCUAAAGUAUAUAGAAAACGUUUUCUUGCAAAUUCUGACAUCUUCGUUGUUUUUUUUUUAAUAAUAUUCGAAUGUUAGUAAGCGACUGGAACUGUCUUCUUUGGAAUGUUUAGUAGUAACAGUUUUAACCAAUCAUGAAACCUAUACUUUGCACAUAUUCCAUGACAUUUGCCAAAAAAUUUGAAAAAUUUCUGGUCUGUCAUUGGGACUGAAGCUGUUGCAAAAUCUAUUUUUUGCCUUUUUACAUAAAACACUCAUCACAUAUUACUCUCUUUUUCUUUUCCAUAGAAAUAUUUUCAGUCACUUUAUCUUUUCUCAAGAAAUAUAUUAUUGUAUAAUAAAAAACCUAUAGUUAAAGAGACUAACGUUGCCAAGUCAAAAUAAUCCAAUGAAAUCUCGAGAAGGUAUACAAAAACAAAUAAAAAGGCUCAAAGAACCGCAUAUGUAAUAAAUACCCGAUAGCUUUGUUGAUAAACUUUAUUUGUCUAAUUGUGUUAAUCUGACAUAGAUCAGACAUAGAUAGAUCUUAAUCUUAAGCAGGGUUUACACCUGUUGCCAUGUUGCAACACCAGUCUUUUAUGGGUUAAGGCCCGGUUGUACAAUGGGCGGUCAACAACAGUUCAUAACGAUCUCCGGUUCGGCGGAAUUAAUCCGUUGUACAAUGUUGGUUCAAACGAUAACCUGCGGUUCAUCUUGACCGUCCAAUUUGGAGCGUUCAAGCAAAUUUUUGAGAUUAAAUUAAUACCUAUUUAGUAUAUCAUUUUGAUAUUUUUUAUUUAUGUAAAUACAGCCGCCUUUCAAUAAUUAUUCUGUUUGGUGAGGUGCUAAUUUAUUAGUUUCUAGGUACCCUAGGUUUAGUUUACAAACCAUAAAUAUAAAAAUGGAUCCUAUUUGGGAAGAUAUCACGGAUGACGAAAAUUUUUGGGAAUUAGUAAAUAAAAUUGUACACCCUAGAUCAUCACAGGUGUACAGUGAUAGACCGGAUCAUUUGAACAUUUGGGAUGAUAAAAAAUUUAAGACUAGAUUUAGGUUGGAAAAGCAAGCUGUAAGAUUCAUAAUAGAUAGAAUUUCUGAACAAAUUUCUCGUUAUCUGACAAGUAUGAUGAUUUGUAUUAGUUCAAUUACACUAUUUAUAUAGACUUUAAAAAAAAAUUUAGAUCUUAGAUAGAAUAUCGUCAGCAUUUUUGCUUUUAAUCUGAAUAACAAUUGAUUCUAAAAAUUUUACAAUGAAAUUAAAAAACCUGCAGUAGCAUCAAUGUCAUAUUUUGAUGUUAGUCCUGUAAGUUGGCUCCCUAAUAUUUCAUGGAUAUCACUCGCUUGCAGUUAUUGUUAUAAAUUUUUGCUUGGCCCUUUUUUUAUAUUCUCAUACUUAUUUUUUCUUAAACAGUUCUAAGGGGUUCUCCAAGAACACUGUUAAAUUCCUGACAAAUUUUCUCCAAGGCCUCUGCUUUAAUUUCAUUAUUGUUGUGAUCCGUUUUCUUACAUUCUAUGCUUUCCUUGUGUUUCUUUACUAAAUUAAUAAGAACAUUUUCUUCUCUCACAGAGAAAUUGCUUGCCCUAAUUUUUUUCUCCAUGUCAGAUAAGCAGACCCAAACGGUUUGGCAAGCAGCAAGGCGGCACAAAACACUUUUAAACAAACAACACUUCGGAAUUUACGAUCUUUUUUUGUGUUUAAAAAAUACUUAUAAUCGCCAACAGGCAACAAACAAAUAAGUAAAUAAAUAAAUUAAUUUUAAUUAAUAGGAAACUUCUUUUUUAUGUGGCCAUUGCAGGCCAUUGGCCUUUAAAUAGAACCUAGUUUAACUAAACUUGUACUGGAACAACACACAAACCUCUGAACUACGUUCAACGAAGAACUGCAGUCUAGUAGAACUUAAGUUGAACCACUGCUUGUACAACCGGGCCUAAGACGUGCAGACUACCGAUAGAUUACGAAUACAUCUAAGAGCACCUUUAAGAAACCUCUAUGCUGGUAAUUAAAUUUAAAAUUGAACGUCGAAGUUUUCUGGAAACAUUAUCAAUAGUUUUUCUCUAGUUCGGGCCUUUAUUUUUUAUACUCGUUAUUUUUAUUUAAAAUAUUCAUCUUUAGGAAGAAGUUUUUCUAUUGUUUUUGAGUUCACUACCGUGAGGUUUCAUUAUGAAAGAUAAUUUGAGUUAACCGACUUAAUUACAUUUUUAUUAGUAAAAAAUGCUAAUAAAAAAUAAUUCAAAUUUCACUUAUCAUUUCACUUUACUUACUUUAAUUUCAGUUACCAUCCAGUUAAAUAAAACCACACCAUUAAAAAAGCACCGUUUUCGGUCUGAGCGUUCCUAUUUUCUUAGACAUUAAUAGUUUUUACUGUCCACGUUUGUAAAGAGCCAUUUCGGUUAACCGACAGCCACGGUCAUGUCAACUUCCAGUAAUUCUUUCUGGAUUUUGCAGACAAGAGUGGUGCCGAUUUUUAUUUUUCGCUGAAUUGCUUUAGCUACUACAGAAUGCUUAAGGAUAGCCAUGGUUUUGCAAAAUACCGACCUGUACCUAUUAAUUUGUAUCAAUAUCACUUUGUUUAUUACGAGAUUGAUACUUUGAAAUUAUAAAAUUUGUAAGAUCACUUCUCCAUAAGUAAUCAGUAAGAUCAAUUGCACGAUUACGGCAUUUUGCGCUGCUAAACGAUAUACCAGCAAAACAUUAAAACCAAACUGAAAAUAAAUUUAGAUGACAUAAAGGAUACCGCAAAAUUUGUAGAUGCCAUUCAAGAAGAAAAAUAUUGUGAAUAAAAUAAUAUUGUAAUACAAAAACAUACUUUUUAAAUAUUCCUUUACUUUAUUUCGGCCCCUCAGUGGUAGGUAGGUGUAAGUAAUUAUCAAUAUAUUUUUUUAAAUGCUAUGCUGCUGACUUAUGAAAAAUUUAGAUUUUGUGUUAAUUAUCAAUCCAUUAUAAACAAAAAUCGCAUCGUUGUUUGUCGUCAAACUUGCAUUGUCAACAAAACAAAUGUAGCUUUAUAAAUGAUUAAUGCGGCACAAAUUCAGGAACUGAAAAUCGAAUGUAAACGUUCCUCAUUGACAACCAAAAGUCAGUGUUAGAUUAAUGCCAAAUUUGAGUAGAUUUUAGGAAAUUAGAUCUUAAUUUACGUCGUUAUACUCGCAUCGGCAAUUAUUAAGUACUUUAGAUUUGUUACUUAUAUUAGACAAAAAGUUUUAAAAAUGAGCCAAGAUAUCAUUGCACAACGUUGCUAAUACUUAAGGAAAACAAAAACUACCUAAAACUGCCACGUUUAGUCACUGCCACAUUUUUUACAUUAAAAAAUCGGGAGAAUUGCCUCCCGUCUGUUUUAUUUAUUUGUUAAAUGUAACUUGACUGCAAUUGUUAAGUGUUGUUAAUAAGUAUUAACUUGCUCUAAAAAUUUUGGACAAGAAAAUAGUUUAACUUGUAUAAUACGAAUGUGAAUAUAAACAAAUUAGUUAAAGAAUAUUAGGUUUUAGAAAGGGGCAUGUAUUUUUCGACAGUACAAUCCGUGAAAAGGAACACUUGAAUCGAGCACACCUACCUCUUUGUUUACUGGCAAUACUUAAGGAUGUGACAACAAAUGUAUUAAUUUGUAACCUUUUGGAAAAAGUUUUGUAAAGGCUCCAAUUAGGAGCACUCUAUUCUAUUUUGAGAUUACAAAUCUCGAAUCCAAUUAGAAAAAUAUGUUUAACGUUUUAACAUUGGUACAUUUCCAACCACAUAACGACUUUUUUUUAAAUUAAUGUAUUUUUAUUUACGGCCCUAUACCAUCUUUUUAUCUUAUUAUAUUGUAUGUAAUUUUA